AUGGCAAAUAGACCAGAAUUCUUCACUUUGAUGGUAUUUUCAAUUUCCAUUUUAUUGAAAACAGAAUCUUUUGUCCUUGAUACUGCAACAAUCAAAUGCCUUCCCAGAAGUCCCUCUUGUUCAUGUGGAACAUUCCAGACCUUUGAAAAUAACAAAGAAAUCCAGGCUAGUAAUAUUUACUGCGACGAGACUUCUGAUGUAUUUCCUGACUUCUCUGUGAUAUCUAAACCUGUGAUAAAUGGUUCCAGUUGGUAUAUAGGGCUCACGAAAAACAAUUUUACACAUAUACCAGGAGGCUUAUUUACCGGUCUCACACCUGUCAAUCUCAAUGAAACGUAUCUUUAUCUUGAUUUGAACGAAAAUCAUAUUUCAAAAAUCGAAAACAAUGCGUUUGUUGGGAUGGAAAACAUAUAUGUUGAAAUGGAUUUAUCAGACAAUAAUUUAUCAUCAAUGCCUUUAGCUUUUCUGGUUCUAAAACAACUUCGUGGAAUUUCCCUACAAUUUAAUCCCAUCAAAGUCAUCGAUCAUAUUGUUCUACAACACCUAGCCCCUACACUUACCUAUUAUGAAAUGGGCAUUGGUAACCUGUCGACAUGGCCCGCAGAUAUCUCUUCUUUUACUCAAGUGUUUGCUGUGACAUUGUUUGAUGUACAGCAGUACAAAUUUCCACAACGACCUUUCUACGGAUCUGAAAACAUGAUAAAAGGAAUGCAUAUUCAUGGGUCUGACCUGGAUACACUGCCGUGUGGCUUUACUGACCUUUCUGUAUUGGAUGUCUUAACCAUACAUCAAUCGCCAAACCUGAAUGCUACUGACCUUGUUGAAGUAUGCCGAAAGAAUUACACGUUGUCGUCCACCCUUCACGAAAUACAUCUUGUUGAAGGGGCACUUAAUGAGUUUCCGGACAUUCUUAAAUAUACACCGAUGCUAAAAAGGCUUAACUUAUAUAGCAAUAAGAUUCGGUAUGUGAACGAGGAUUUUAUUCCAAUGAACAAUGUAUUAACAGAUUUGAUGCUUUCGUAUAACAAUCUUCAAACUAUCCCAAACAGUUUUCUUCGAUUUAGACAUCUUCGCCACCUGAUUCUAGACAACAAUAACAUUGCUACUGUUUUACCUGAAUUGGAGCGUAUUUUUCAAAAUCCUUAUUCUAGACUCUGUUUAAGAGACAAUCCUAUCAAUGCAACAGCCCUUACAGUGAAAUGUUCGUUAUCACGAGAUUCCUGGGCACGUAACUGA